GCGCCGAGCUGAAGAAGCCGGAAGUGUGGGGAAAGUGGUCAACGCUGUGCACGUUAAUUUUAUUCUAAGUUCUUGCUUUGUGCUAGUCAGUAAUUUGGCGGUUUGCUGGCCCAAAACUAAAGAUGACGCUGCAAUGGACUGCUGUGGCCCUGUUCCUGUAUGUGGAGAUUGGGGUUCUUGUCAUCCUGUGCUUACCAUUCAUCUCAGCCAGGGGGUGGCAGAGAGUUUUCAAGCUGAGGAUCUGGAGUUUCAUGUCAAGGUUUUGGAACAAAGUUUUUCUCACCAUGAUCAUCAUACUCAUUGUUCUCUUCCUAGAUGCAGUGCGUGAGGUGAGGAAAUAUUCAAACAAAGAAAUUGGUCCAGAUGCCAAGCUACUGCCAAACAUGGUUGAUCACCUGCACAUGAAGCUUUUCCGAGCUCAGAGGAACCUCUACAUAUCAGGAUUUGCUGUCUUCCUCUGGCUGGUGAUGAAGCGAGUGGUUACUUUGAUUAACCAACUGGCAUCAGUGUCUGACACUACGGUUGCUCUUCAGGCACAGGCUGAUGGUGCUAACCAGGCUGCAAAGAAAUACAUAGAGGACAAUGAGCGGCUGAAACAGGCUCUGAUGGAAGGGAAGGGUGACAAGGCCACUGCAGAAGGAAUGGAGAUACUUAGGAAGGAACUGAACAAACUUAAAGAAGAGCUGAACGCCUCAGGAGAGGCUUUGGCAAAGUCUCAGUCGGAGGCGGAUGUAAUGAAGAAGCAGAUGGAUGGUCUCACCAGGGAAUACGACAGGCUGUUGAGAGAACACCAGGAGCUUCAGAAUCUUCAGGAUGAUGGAAGCAAGAAGGAUGACUAGCUUUUGUUAAAUUUCUAUCAUAAAAAAAAACACAAGAAAGCCACUACACACGCUUCCUUGCAUGUAACACGAUGUGUUACCGUGCAUCACAUAAUUAGGGUUGGCUCCUCUGCAAGACUUUGCAGAUUCUGGAUCAUAUCAGUUAUGGUUUUAAAGCAUGAAGCUGAAUUUUUACUAAAACAUGCAGCGGGGGUAAAUGGAAUGAGGAUUUCUGAUAGUUUCACAUUUCUUCCUGGCACAGUGUGACUAAGAGGAUUGGUUUUUUCUAAGUGUGCAUUCUAUCAGACUGAUUUAACUGUAAGGUAAUUGGAGAGAUUUCAAUCCACAAUCAGCCAGUGCCUAGUCACACACACUCAGUAUGUAGAAGAAUAUGCAAUAAUGACAGUUAUUUUAGAUUUGUUCUUUUUUUAGCUGGGUACACGGUGUAAACAUGACCGUUCACUUCAGAUUGAAAGUUAAUUUCUCCGUUACUGUGGUAAACAGCUGUGAAUGUAUUUUGAUACUAGAGCUGCUUCUUUGUGUCUCUGUAGCUGCUUUACUCACUUUGACCUUUGAUAUUGUAAAUGAAUGCUGGGGGCACUUGCAGGUACAGAUGCACUUCAACGAAUUAUCAUGGGUUGUUUGUAUUCCAUUUUAUGUUUUUAUUUAGAUGAAGACGGUAAAUAUUGAUUCCCAACCAACACCCACUUCAUUUUUUGCUUUCUUGUUUCUACCUUCAUCAGAAUAUACUGUAAACACGUCACAGAAAAUUUACCGUAGUAUUUCUGUGAAUAUAAAGCAAUCAAAAUCUCUUUCAAAAUGCACAUAAAAUACAUUCAAAUUAAAAUUCUGUGUGCAUUUGAGCCACAGGAAAUCUUGUUUUUUCUAAAUUGCAUUUAUUGUUCACUUGUAUUUUUUUUUCUAGUUCUACAUUUUCACUGGGGUUGAAGUGUGAAUCAUUUAAAUGGUUGUAUGGUUUGUGUUGUAUUUCUUACCUGAUGUAAAGGCACUUUUUGUGGUUUAUAAUCUUUUUGAUGAUUGUUGCAUCAGUGUGUUAUUUUCUGGGCAUAAAAUGGCAAACAAAAAAGUCUUAAGUUGUGUCAUGUUUCUGCUGUUGACAGACACCUGGUUGAAGUGCCUCAGGAGUUGAUUUUCUGUAAUAAAACAUGUUUCCUAAUGUUUCAAUGCUUUGAAUAUUUGUAUUUGACUUUUAUUUAAAAUAAAAUUAAA